AUGGUUGCUGAGCUAUCAGUUGGUCACUUGACACCUAAGGGAGCUGCCGGACCAGAAUAUGGAAAGAAACAGCAGAGCAAAUACAGACACUGCCUGAGGCCACCAGAAUGCCAGCACAAUGCGCUCACAACCCAGUUGAUUAGUUUAAUGCAGCGAUCGGCAGCGCUGGAGCAGCGAGGGGGGCUACAGGGUCCCCGGGAGACCCGUCGGUCUGUGUCUUUAUGUCUGGUUGCCGGCCUACCGGGAGCUGGGAAGUCCACGUUCGCACGACGCCUGCUGAAGGCCUUGCAGCCGAAGAGGCAAUCGUUGCUGCUCUGUUACGAUGAACUCAUCCCGGGAGAAGCUUUUUCGCUUUUGGGACAAACUGAUGGGAAUCGGUUAACGGAUAAUCCUGCAGCGACGGGUUCCCUCUGGAAGUUGUACAGGCAUAAGCUGCUGGUUUACAUUGAACACUUAAUACAGGCUAUUCAUGGGAAUGGCUGCCUUUCUGUUUCUGGCAUCGAAAAUGAUUCAACAUGGGAAUGUUUCAUUCAGUCACUGAAACAGCAGCAUAUUAUCUCUGGAGAAACUCAGCUUGAAGUGCAGCAGUACACAGUUUUCAACAUGCAUUUGAGACCCUUGGUUAUAAUUUUAGAUGACAACUUCUACUAUCAAAGCAUGAGAUAUGAAGUUUUCCAGAUAGCAAGGCGAAAUUCCCUAGGUUUCCUUCAGCUGUUUCUGGAGUGCCCCCUUGAACUAUGUUUACAGAGAAAUCAUGAGAGAAGCUGUCCGGUAAAUGAUGAAACAAUAGUACUGAUGUCAACAAAAAUACAGCUGCCUGAUCCUGUGAGAAAUAUAUGGGAAAAGAGCAGUCUGAUACUGAAAAGCACAGAAAAUGUGUUGGAAAUAGAUAGCCAGAAGGUGUUUCAAUUACUUGAUGUUUCUUUAGAAAAUCCAGAAAAACCGUUUGAAGAAAACAUUGAACAAAAGGCAAUAGAUCGUGCCAUUUGCGCAGCUAGUGUUCUUCAUCAGGCUGAUCAAACCAUCCGUCGUUUGGUAUCCCAAUCUAUGAAAACUGCAAAAGAUAAGAAACUGUCUACAUGCAAUAUGAAAUUGCUAUCAGAAGAACUUAAUAAGCUUAAGACUGUGCUUUUGGAGGAUCUUCGACAUGUUACUUUCCAGGAUAAUUCUAAAAAGCUGUGUGCUGAUGUUAAUGCAGUUGCGGAAGAAGUUGCAUUCAAGUUUGAUCAGAAAAAGGAAGAAAUUCUAAUGAAUUUUCUAAAAUUCUAGACUUGAUAGUUCUUAAUACAAAAGACCUGUGGCUAAUGCAUGAUAUUUUAUGCCUCAGUGCUUAAGUUUAUUUAUGAGAUCUUGAAGUUUACAAUUCAAAUUAUUCUACUGGGAAAUUAUGGGAUCUUAUGCAUGAGACUUGCAAAACUAGUAUGACCUUUCUGUUGUUAAGGUACACUGAGGAACAAACGUGGCACAACAGUUGUGUAAUAUGUAACAGCCGUAAAUCUGCUGCCAUACAUAUAAAUACACAAAUAUAGCUCAGAUAUUCAAAGAUUGCUGCUUUUUACUUUUUGGGAACUUGAGGAUUUUGUCACGUUAUAGUCCAUAAAAUAUAUAUAUAUUAUACUUUACAUUAAAUAAAAUAUUUUAAAUUCCUUUCCACGCACCAAUUUCCUUUUUCCUUUUCUGCACGUACUAUUAUUUACUUGGCUUCUUCAUAACGUGGCAAUUUAAUCUCAGCUUAGACAGUGAAGUAUCAGCUCUCUCUUUUCAAAUGUGAGGCAUUCCUGCUGAGUUUGAAUUGUCCCUUAUCUAAUUUUCAAACACAGUUCAUUGGGGUACUAAGUAGCAGUCAGUUGUAGGUGUCUUUAUAAAUUUUGAUUUGCCCCACCCCAGCUAAUAAUGUUGAAGCUAGUUGUAUCAACCGAACUGUUACCACAUAAGAAGGCCUUGUAUGGAAAAAAAAUUAGUAAAUGUGGAGGAUCAAAUUUAUUAUCUUGAUAAUCUUGUCAUUUUUAGGAACCUUGGUAGUUCAUCUCCAUAUACCCUUUUGAAGAAAUCAGUGUCUUUUGUUUUGCAGGUGGUUUCUUACUGCCACUCUAACUAUUACUCUGUUCCGAGAUUGAAAAGUUGUAAUAACAUUUAUUUAGAGAACUUAGAUAAAGAUAUUACUUUAAGAUGAUUGCGUGAGAAGAGUCAUGAAUUUUUAUCUUUGCUGUCGAGCAUAUUUCUUUCUGUUCAUGGUAUUUUUCUGUUCAGAGUAAUAAAACAUAUUUUUGCAUUAAAAAUUCACUAUUUGGAUAGUUUAUGCUGUCUUUCAAAGACUGAAUUGAGGGACCCAGUGUGUGUCAGUACUUGAAAGAGAUUCCUGCACUUUGAACUUUGCAGUUGAGAUAAGUUUAGAAUAGCAUCAUGGGAAAUGCAGACAUGGUGGGCUGAGGGACCUGUUCCUUGUGCUGAAUUGUUCUAUAUUUUAUGCCACUUACAGUUGGCAUGAUAAGUACAGGGCAGAAUGAGGAUUAUUUGAUAAU